UUUUUUCUGGUCAAGAACAUAAUUAAAGAAACCGUGUGUAAAUCGACCUGCUCCUCAAAUUUUCACCAAAUCACCAUCCCAUUGUUAUCAAAACCUCUCUCUCUCUUAAACCCAGAAAAGGAAACUAAGAAAAAAACACGUAUUUUUUUUUUCCAAUAUAAAGGUGCCCAAAUCAAUCAAUUGCAGCCCAACGCAGCUGUUGGUUUCAGAACAGCCUCCCCUGUUAUCUCUCCGAAGCUCAAGAUUCAAAAAGAUGGUGCCUUUCUCUCUGGGUCUGGGCCUGUGGCUCGGGUUGGUGGGUGUGGCUAUGGCAGCAUCAGAGAGUAGCUCACAGUCGAGGGACCUUGACCGUACACCCACGUGGGCUGUUUCUGGUGUCUGCGCCAUUAUCAUCAUCAUCUCAUUGGCUUUGGAGACGGUCCUUCACAAAGUUGGAACGUUCCUCACGGAUAGGCACAAGAGAGCUCUGUUUGAAGCUCUGGAGAAGGUUAAAGCAGAGUUGAUGAUUCUAGGCUUUAUUUCACUACUCCUGACUUUUGGGCAGAGUUACAUUGCCAGAAUCUGUAUUUCACUCAAGGUUGCAGAUACUAUGCUGCCAUGUACUGUAAAAGAUGAGGAGGAUGACUCAACAACUAGUCACCGGAGACUCUUAUGGUAUGACCGAAGAUCUUUAGCUGCUGCCUCUGAUUAUAAAUGCAAGACUGGGUAUGAGCCACUUAUAUCAAUUAAUGGAUUGCACCAAUUGCACAUCCUCAUAUUCUUCUUGGCAGUCUUUCAUGUGUUAUACAGUGCUAUCACAAUGCUGCUUGGAAGGCUAAAGAUUCGAGGCUGGAAGCAGUGGGAGGCAGAGACUUCAUCCCAUAACUAUGAGUUCUCAAAUGAUCCUUCGAGAUUCAGACUUACCCACGAGACAUCAUUUGUUAGAGCACAUACCAGUUUCUGGACUAGGAUUCCAUUCUUCUUUUAUGUUGGAUGCUUCUUUCGACAAUUUUUUAGGUCUGUUAGUAAGUCUGACUACUUAACAGUGCGCAAUGGAUUCAUCACUGUCCAUUUAGGUCCAGGAAGUAAAUUUAACUUCCAAAAAUAUAUCAAGAGAUCAUUAGAGGAUGACUUCAAGGUCGUUGUUGGAGUUAGUCCUGUAUUGUGGGCAUCAUUUGUGAUCUUUUUGCUCCUUAAUGUUGAAGGAUGGCAGGCAUUGUUUUGGGCAUCCUUGAUCCCUCUCAUUAUAAUCUUACUAGUUGGAACAAAACUUCAAGCCAUCCUGACUAAGAUGGCCCUAGAAAUUACAGAAAGGCAUGCAGUGGUUCAAGGGAUUCCUCUAGUACAAGGCUCUGAUAAAUAUUUUUGGUUUGCUCGGCCUCAGUUGGUUCUUCAUCUUAUCCAUUUUGCGCUGUUUCAGAAUGCAUUCCAAAUUAUAUAUUUCUUCUGGAUAUGGUAUUCAUUUGGGUUGAAAUCUUGCUUCCAUGCCAAUUUCAAGCUUGCAAUCGCAAAAGUAUUUUUAGGGGUUGGGGUUCUAUGUUUGUGCAGCUACAUUACACUUCCACUGUAUGCCCUUGUAACUCAGAUGGGUUCAUACAUGAAGAAAUCCAUCUUUGAUGAACAAACAUCCAAGGCCCUUAAGAAGUGGCACAUGGCUGUGAAGAAGAAGCACGGUGGGACCCAUGGUGGCAAGUCUCCUACUCAAACCCUGGGUGGCGGGAGCUCGACUCUUUCAACGGUGCACUCCUCCGGAGGACACACGCUGCAUCGUUUCAAAACAACUGGUCACUCAACCCACUCAUCCGUCUUUGAUGAUCAUGAGACAUCUGAUCUUGAAACUGAUCCUUUGUCACCCACAUCAACAACAAACUUGAUUGUAAGAGUGGAUCAAAUGGAGCAGGAAACUGAAAAAAUCGAACCCCACGACAACGAACAAACCAAUAAUCCAGACGAUUUCUCAUUCGCCAAGCCUGCCCCGGAUAAAGAAACAUGAUGAACAGAUGACAUCUUGUUGUGUUAAAUUUUUUUUACGAG